AUGUCCAACUACUAUCCUCCGCCGCCCGGCAUUGGUGGUGGGCAAAGGUCCUCAUUGCCGCCGCCACCACAACUCGACUUCCGUCCUCCCCCCAAUGGUCCCAGCGGUAGCGGCGGGCGUGGCGGUGGGCGCGGCGGACGCAACCGUCAUGGACGCAACCGCGACCACGGCGACCGGAGCAGCAAUGCCAACAGCAGCCUGCCGGCCCGGCCACCGCCCGCACACCAGUUUGGUGCUGGAGGCAGCGGUGGUGGCGACAGCCAUGUCCCGCGGGGCGACUUUACGUUUCGUGCCGAUAAGCCGGCCGGUGUCCACGAGGCGCAGCUGAUGGGCGGCGACCGCUACAUCCCUCGCGAUUCGUCAAGGAGGGACCACAGUGGACGCGACUUCCGUGACCGUGACCGGGAUGGAGAUCGCAGAGGCGCACAUAACGGACCCAGGUCACAACAAUACGGCGGCGGUGGACGGCGUGGCGGUGGACGCGAGAGCCACAACGCCAACAGCCGCCGGCACGGUGGCCGGGGCGGCGGGUACAACACGAACUUUGCGGACCUGCGCUUCCUGGCUGCCAACCGGCCCAUCCUCAACCAGAGCGACAUCUCGACCGGCGGCAUCGUUCAGGAUUUUGUCAAAGACAGCAACGCGGGCACUACGUACCUGAACCUGGAUGAAUUGUCGGACAGCGACGAGGCCGAGAUGGACAUUUCGGGCGACGAGGACGGCAUGUCGGCCCCGCCGCGGAAGCGCGCUCGUCUGGGUGCUAAAGACGGCGACGAGGUGCCCAAGUGGUCGAACCCAGAUCCUUACACUGUUUUGCCGCCAACUGAAGCAGGCGUGCGCAAGAAGGACGUCGUGCAGCUGAUCCGCAAGGCUCGUGUGCAGGGCGAAAAGGCGGCAGCCGCCACGUCAGGCGACACGGAAGAGUUCAUCUCGUGCGGCUUUGACAGCAGCAGCGAAGAAGAGGGCGAGGCGGCGGAAGAGUCGGCUGCGGAUGAAAACAAUGGUGACGCGGACACGAACAUCAUUGGUGUCGACAGAAUAGGAAGGAACGGCAAAAUGACAAAAGCGGGCGAGCGCGACGCGUCUGCUGCUGCUGCUGCUUCUUCUGCUACAAACGACAGCCAAACAAACAACAUUGCACCGCCAGUCGACGCACCCAAGGGCCCUCGUGCUGCUACAAAACAAAAUAAGAACGGCAUAACAUCUGCAUCCUCUUCCGUGCCUACCCCCUCCUCACUGUCGACCGAGCUCCGUACCAACCGCAAGCGCACCCACGACGACCAGCUCAAGCCGCUGCUGCUGCCGGACCAUGCCAUCCUGAAAAAGACCACCAAGAUGCCUGUCGGUGGCUACAUACUGCCCAUGUGGCAGGUCAAGGCAGGCGAAACCGCCUGCCCCUGGCUGCUCGAGGACCACGCCGCCGAUACGAGCCAUAUGGGCGUGUGGUUGCACAAGGAGAUUUUCGACUUUUAUGCAUACAUCAGGCCGCGCACCUUUGAGCAGACGCUCCGCCAGGCGCUGCUGGACGACCUGGAUGCCAUGGUGCGCAAGCGCUUCCCUAACGGCCGCAUCCAUUGCUUCGGUAGCUUCAUGUCCGGGCUCUACCUGCCGACGGGCGACAUGGAUAUUGUCAUGUGCUCGACGCAGUUUCUCAAUAAUCGCGCGGCUGUCUUUAGCAAGAAGAACCAUCUCUUCAAGUUUGGUGCGUUCCUGUGUGGGAGCAACAUGGCCGAGCGCGAGCACCUCGAGCACAUCACUAAGGCUAAGGUGCCGCUGGUCAAGUACAUUGACCUCAAGACGGGCUUGAAAGUGGACGUGUCCUUCGAGAACAUGAACGGUGUCGUGGCCAACAAGACCUUUUUGAAGUGGAAGGAGCAGUUCCCUGAGAUGCCGAUCCUGGUCACCAUGAUCAAGCAGUUUUUGACAAUGCGCGGCCUCAACGAGCCUGUCAAUGGCGGCAUCGGCGGGUUCUCGGUCAUCUGCCUGGUCGUCAGCAUGCUGCAGCUCAUGCCACCAAUGCAGACCAAGGACAUGGUGGGCCAGAACCACCUUGGUGACCUUCUGAUGCACUUUUUCGACCUUUACGGCAACAAGUUCAACUACGAAGCCACAGCCAUAUCCAUGAAUCCUCCUGGCUACGUUGCAAAGUCCAAGGUUCGCCAUUUCGUGUACAAGAACCCCGACCGCCUGUCCAUCAUCGACCCCAACAACCCAGAAAACGACAUCUCGGGCGGUUCCAAGAAUACCUCGGCCAUCAUGCGCGCUUUCUCCGACGCCUUUGACUCGCUGCAGAAGCGCAUGAUGGAUCUGGCCAAGCUCCCCGCCGAUGCCCGCGCCGGCCAGAGCAUCCUGAGUGUCGUGCUUGAGGGCGACUACUCGACAUACCGUGCCCAGCGCGAAUACCUCCGCGAGUUGUACACCCGCCAGUACAACCACGAGCCGAGUGAUUAG